CGUCGCGAUCAGACGGCGCGAAGAUGUUCGCGAUGGCAGCGGCCACUGCGCGGCGGUGCUGAGUGCGCGACUCGAGUGUGCACGAGCGCUGCAGCGUUCGCCCCCCGGCACCGCUGGACUCGGCGCGUUUCGUCCAGCGGCAGGAGGACCAUGCGCGACCCAUCGACAAAUCUCAAGCCGGGCGCUUGGCACUGGAUGUGUCUUCUUACCCUGAGCUUUCAAGCGUGGAUGUGCCAAGGCCACCUGAACCGGAGCAACUGCAACGACCUGUGGGUGCACCACAAGGUGCGCACUUCUGGCACCUACCAGAUCGACGUGGACGGCGACGGUCCCCUGAGGCCCAUCUGGGUAGAUUGCGAGAUGGGAGACGGCCGCGAGCUGUUCCAGGUGCUCACCGUCGUGCACCACGACCUCGAGGAGACGCUGCAGGUGCGCGGCAAGGAGCCGCCGGGCUCUUACUCGCGAAACGUCACUUACGGGGACGCGACCGAGCGACACUUGACGACACUCAUCGACAGCAUGUUCUCCUGCCAGCAGCUCGUCCGCUGGGACUGCAAGGGCGCCAUGUUCGGAUUCUGGUACCCGCCCGGACUCGACAGCUGGUGGGUUGGCCGGGACUGGCGGGACCAGUUCUACUGGGGCGGCGCCGAGACGGACAGCCGCAGCUGCGGCUGCCACCCGCACUGCCUGCGCACGCGGCGCAACUCGACGUGCAACUGUGACGCCAACGUCAAGCAGGUGUGGCUGGAGGACGCGGGCCUCCUGCUGGACGCCCGGCGGCUGCCCGUGCUGCAGCUGCGCUUCGGCGACACCGGCGAGGCCAACGAGGCCGGCAAGCACACGCUCGGGCCGCUCGUCUGCCGAGCCACGGGUCACGUCGUGGACGUAUUGCGCGGUUUGCGCGUUAGAAGUGUCCACGAAGUGUCCACGAGCUUCGCGACUCCCGGCAGACGUGUUCCGCGGCAGCUUCGUGGCGCCGGUGACGAUCACGAGCUCGGGCUACCCGUCCUCGUACCCGCCGCCCUUCCACCGCUACCUGUGGAGCGUGUCAGUGGAGCCCGGCGACGUGAUGGAGCUGGUGUUCCUCGAGUACGACGUGCUGCACUGGGGCGCCUACGCGGCCGUGCCGGGCUGCCGCGCCGCGGUGCGCGCGUCGGCGUGGCGCCACUCGGACGGCGCCCGGUUCGCCAUCGAGCGCCAGGGCGACGCGCCGCCCUACCUGGUCACCGACGGCUCGCGCACGCUCGUCAACCUCACGCUCACCACCUGCAACCAGGUCCUCAAGAAGCAGCUCACCAAGCGGGGCUUCAUGGCCGAAUUCAGGAGGGCCGAGUGUGCCGGGUGCGAAGCAGGGCUCGGCGUCAACGGCUCGCAGACGAUCUGCAGUGCGCCGUGUGGCAUCAUCUCUUCGUACGGCUACCCGUACCCGCUGGUGUCGUACGAGCCGAGCGGCCACUACCGGCACACGUGGCUUCUCCGGGUGUCGCCGGGGCGCGUGGUGCGGCUGCAGUUCAACGACUUCGAUGUGGCCCCGAGUCCCGGCGCGCGGACGUGCAACACCGACUGGGGGCUCGUGUCCAUCUACAGCGGCGACAACGUGAGCGACACUUGGAGCCUCGUGGGCAGCUACUGCAACCUCAACCGCCAGGGAGUGGUCUUCUCCGAGACGAACGUCAUGAGCGUCGUCUUCCACGACCGCUUCCGCAAAAUCGGAAACUCCAGAGGAUUUCACGCAACCUACAAGGAGUUCCUACCCGCGCUGGUGCCAAAAACAGGCAACUCUUCUCGGCUGGUCAACGUGGCCCGGGGCAAGCCGGCGCAGCAGAACACCACCCACGAACACUACGAGGCUCAGCUGGCGGUGGACGGCAACGAGGAACCGUCCAUCUCCGCCGGCUCCUGCGUCUCCACACAGUUUAUCCAGGACCCCUGGUGGCAGGUGAACCUGCAGAAGGAGCACUUGGUGCACGCCGUCGAAAUACACAACAUCGUGGACGCGGGCCCGCCGGAGCCGCCGAGCGCUUGGCCUCCCGGCGCGUACGCCCUGCCGAUGCCCGUGUCCGGCUGCCCGUCGGCGUCGGGCUUCACUUGGCACACGGGCUGCCGCUUCCACGACAUCGUCUACGACGUCGUCGAGGACGACAAGAUCCGCCACUGGAGCGACGGCAUCAAGCUCGAAGGAGGCCUGCAGGAAGGCGGUGGGGUCAAGCAGUGCUUCUGCGUCAAGAAAGAGGAUGCGCCUCCCAGCAGCAACGCGACUUCCUGGCCACCGGGAAACUACUGCAUUCUGCAGACGCCACUCUGGGCCGGCAGGUGGGCGACACGUGUCCCGAGGGCUUCCCGAGCGGCGGCCACGUGACCUGGAUCGACCGGCGGCCCUCGGACCCGGAGGCGCGCAACCGUGCCGAGGGGUUCCUGCCGCGGGGCCGAUACACGGCGCACAACACGACGCUGUACUUCUGCUGCCGGGCCGACGGCAGCGUGGACGCGGCCGUGCGGCUGCCCACCGACCUGCCCUUCUACCUUCUGCAGUACGACGGCGGCGCGUGCCAGAAGGUGCAGGGCAUGUCCGUGUUCGAGCAGUCGUUCCACUUCAUGGAGGACGAGCUGGGCGCCCGGAUGACCGCCGACGCGGACCUACACGGCGGCGUGCCCAAGUUCAGAGAGGGACACCCGCGGGUGGACUCGACGCUCUUCGACCGGGGACUCGUGCUCUACUACUGCUACUACGACGUGGCGGCCAGCCUGCGCGGCUUUCGCGUGCUGGUGGACAACACGGGCCUGGUGUCCACCUUCGAGCGGUACUACGACGAGCGCAACUACGGCAUCCCGCACGCCGUCGAGGAGGACUUCCUGCACGCGUACACGUGCGCCGUGUACCCCGUCACCGAGCCGGCGUUCCGCGUGCUGCGGCUCAACUGCAGCCAGCCCGUGCUCGGCCAGUACGUGACGCUGCAGGUGUUCGGCCGCCGGGACACGCUGCGCUUCUGCGAGUUCAAGGUGUUCGCCGAGGAGUCGUGCGGGCAGCCCCUGGGCCUGGCCUCGGAGGAGAUCUUCGACACGCAGCUGCUGGCCUCGUCGGUCGACGACUCCGGCCAGUUCCACUUCACCAACGCGCGCCUCAACGCCGAGCACGGGUGGUGCGCGUCGGCCGCUGACAACCAGAAGUACAUACAGAUCGACCUGCAGAACCACACGCACGUCACAGGCGUGAUACUGCAAGGUAUGAACACGCCCGUCAAGAGUGGCUACGUCAUGGCCUUCCAGCUGACCUUCAGCAACGACAGCAUUUACUGGACGUCGGAGGAACAGCCCGUGGGCCACCGAAAGGUGUACGAGUGCCAGCAGUGCGAGCUGUCCACGUUCAACGCAGACCAGGCCGUGCGCUACAACCUGCUGCGCAGCAUCGUCGCGCGCUACGUCAAGCUGCAGCUGCUGCGCUGGAAGCGGGCUCCCUGCCUGCGCCUCGAGCUGGUCGGCUGCCGGUCGCAGGUGAACUGCGGCGCGGUGCUGGAGGCCCCCGAGGGCUCGAUAGCGUCGCCCAGCCACCCGUUCUACUACGGCCAGGACAAGAGCUGCUGGUGGAAGAUCCUGCCCCCUGCCGGCAAGCACGUGUGGCUCAGCUUCGUCAUCUUCGACCUCGCGCGGAGGGAAGCGCCCUCUCGCGCAGGCCAGUGCCAGGACCAACUGCUGCUGUGCCCUGGCCGCGACCCCAACAGCAACUGCUCCGACUCGAUCCUGUCGCCCGACGGUCAGACCUUCCCCAAGGAGAUCAUCUCCAACGGCCCCAUGGAGAUUCACCUCAAGACGUGCUUCCGCUACUCGCUCAGCAGGUUCAGCGGGUUCUACGCCACCUACAAGUUCACCGACUGCCCGGGCUGCGGCAUGGGCGACUACCACUGCGCGGCGGUGCACGUGUGCGACGCGCACUGCGGCCACGUCUUCUCCAUCGACUACCCGAAGCCGUACGUGAACAACCACCGUUGCGCGUGGCUCAUCGUGGCCCCGCCGUCGCACUACAUCAACGUCACGUUCGAGGACUUCGACCUACCGAGCGCCGAGCACUGCGCGUCCGACUACCUGGAGUUCUACGACGGUCGGGACCAGGAGCAGGAGAACCUCAUCGGCCGCUACUGCAACCACUCGAUGCCCCCUCGCAACGUGGUCUCCAGCUGGAACACGCUGUCCAUCGUCUUCUCCACGGACGGCAAAGGCACGGGACGCGGGUUCGCCCUGUCCUACCAGUCGCUCAGUUUCCAGCUGCCGGCGGACCUCAACCAGCUGUACUUCGACAACCCGCAGGAGUGCCCGCAGCAGUGGAAGUUCUACAACGACCACUGCUACAACAUGUACGAGGAGCCGGACCCGCUUCAGUGGUACGAGGCCGAGGCCAAGUGCGCCGCCUGGGGCAAGGGCCGCUCGGGGCACCUGGUCAGCAUCCUGGACGAACGCGAGAUGGCCAUCAUACACUACUUCCUCACCGACAUUUGGAAGGCGCACAGGAAGUCGCUCUACAUCGGUCUGACCGAUGCCGCGGGCGAAGGCUUCUACCGCUGGAGCGACGGUAACCCCAUGAGUUAUUCAGACUGGUAUGUUAGGGCGUACGCGGGCCACGGCCUGUCGUCCCAGCCGGACUGGGUGGCGUACGAGGACUGCACCAUGCUGCGCGUGGACAGCGGCCACUCGACCGCCCACUGGCACGACAUCCCUUGCUCGCUGGGCAAGCAUUCCCUGGGCACGCUGAACCGCGCCGCCGAAGCGCUGGCCGGGUGGCGCCAAAUGGAGGAGCUGCCCAUCACCACCAUCAGCGCCUACAUCUGCAAGAUGAGCAGCCACAAGGCCGACAACGCCCCUGGCCCCCCACCGUUGUACCGGCACAUGAAGGCACACGUGGGCGAGGUGCGGGUGGCGCCAGAGAAGUACUUCGUGUGCCGCAACAAGGAGGUCAUCUCGGUGGUCAACGUCUGCGACGGGGUGCACGACUGCCGCGACAGGUCGGACGAGAGCGGCUGCGGGGUGACCUGUCCUGACGGCAGUUUUCGGUGCGCGAGCGGAAAAUGCGUCUCCAUCGGCGCGUUCUGCGACUUCAAGGACGACUGCGGCGACUCUUCGGAUGAAAGCCAAUGCGACUACAUUGAAUGCAACAGAACGGAAUUCCGCUGCAAGAACGGACAGUGCAUCUCAAUCGCUCACAGAUGUGACCUGCUGUCAGACUGCCACGACAAUUCUGACGAGCAGGACUGUCUCGGUCAGUGCAACGUGAACGUGACAUUCCAGUGCUACGACGGCACUUGCAUUCCUAAGAACGCCGUCUGCGAUGGGCACCGGGACUGCCCUGGCAAGUACCACGAGGACGAGCAGGAUGGAUGUCACUUGAUAAAAGAAGAAGACCGCCAAGGUCUCGAGGAAGAGAAAAAGAAGUGUGACAACAAACCGCGCAAGACGUGCGAGGACCUGUUCGUGCAGGACGGCAUCCGGCGCAGCGGCCACUACCUGAUCGACGCGGACGGCGCCGAGGGGCCGAUCUUGCCGUUCCGCGUGCACUGCAUCAUGGGAUCGACGGUGGAGGACGUGCGCACGCUGGUGCACCACGACUCCGAGCAGAGGAUCUACGUGCGCUCGGGUGUCGAGGGCGCCUACGCGCGGCCCAUCACCUACGAGGUCGGCUGGGCGCAGAUGCGCGCGCUCAUCGGGGUGUCCCAGAGGUGUCGGCAGUACGUCAAGUGGGAGUGCAGCGGCGUGGGCGCGGGCUUCGGCUACGCGGACGAGCGGCCCCUGUCGUGGUGGGAGAGCGUGGACGGCGACCCGCAGUUCUAUUGGGGCGGCGCAUCGGAGAACCUCACGUGUGCCUGCUACCCGGACUGCUUCAGCCCCGACCAGCGCUGCAACUGCGACUCGAGCUCCGAGUUCCACUGGCUGGAGGACCAAGGCUACAUCGCCAGCAAGGAGAUGCUGCCCAUCAGAAAGCUCCGUUUCGGCAACACGUACAAGACUGGACAAGCAGGUUACCAUACCAUAGGUCCUCUGGAAUGCUUCAAGCAAGUAACAUCGAUGGAGGAAUGCGAUUCCUCGCAGAACUACUUGCGGUGCCGGACAGGUCAUUUUGUCAACAUCAGCACCAGGUGCCUGUACGGGUUCGACCAGUUCGGCUUCCAGGCGGGCUGCCGGGACGUGUCCCAUCUCCGUGGAUGCGAGCACGUGGUCUGUCCGGAGGACUACGUCAAGUGCGCGAGGUCGUACUGCAUUCCGUCGCACUUCCUGUGCGACGGAAAGUGGGACUGCAUCGGCGGCGAAGACGAAAUCGAAUGCAGCAAGUACACGUGCCCGGGCCGCUACAAGUGCCGCAACCAGAGUUCGUGCGUGGCCCUGCACCAGCUGUGCGACGGAACCCGCCAGUGCAAGCACGGGGACGACGAGCACCUCUGCGACCUCCGGUGCCCGGCCGCGUGCCAGUGCAGGGGUCACUUCGUCAAGUGCAUCGAGAAGAACUUGGUCGCGCUCCCCGACGACCUGUCCCACCUGGUUCGAAAGCUAAAUUUCAGCUUCAACCGCCUGGAUAUACUCAAGUCUAAUUUCUCGCCUUUUAAGAGACUGGGUGAACUGAUAUUGCAGUACAAUGGACUGACCGUGUUGCCGUCGAACAAGUUUAUCGAACUGAAGAACCUGUACCUCCUGGACUUGAGGAACAACCGCAUUGUUCAGAUAGAGACUGCCGCUUUUGCUGGCCUGAAGAACGUAAGAUUCCUACACUUGGAAAACAACCCAAUUCUGUCUGAAAUUAAGGCUGGCGCGUUUGUCGGCCUCAACAAACUGACCUUCCUAAACCUAAGCGGCAUGGCUCUUUCGGGGCUCAAGAGAAACACUUUCGUGGGCUUGGACCAAGUGACGACACUGAAUCUGCGGAACAACAAGCUGCAGUACGUGGAAGACGGAGCGUUUCAGGGAUUGAAGAGCGUCACCAGCUUGGACAUACAGGGCAACGACAUCCAACACUUCUCUCACGAAAUGUUCCACGGCCUGCACUCUCUGGAGUCUCUCUUCAGCGACUCGUUCAAGUUCUGCUGCCUGGCGUCGCCCCAAGUGUCCUUCGACUACUGCCUGCCGCCGGCCGACGAGAUCUCGUCGUGCGAGGACCUCAUGAGCAGCCCCGUGCAGCGCUCCUUCCUCUGGGUGCUGGGAGUGGUGGCGCUGCUGGGCAACCUGUUCGUCAUCGCGUGGCGCCUCAAGACCAAGAACUCGAACCCGGUGAGCUCGACGCUCAUCCUGUCGCUCGGCUGCGCCGACCUGCUCAUGGGCGUCUACCUGAUCGUCAUCGCGAGCGUGGACAUCUACUACCGCGGCCGCUACAUCCAGAACUCGGACGUGUGGCGCGCCAGCGCCCUGUGCAAGCUGUGCGGCUUCCUGUCGACGCUGUCCAGCGAGAGCUCCAUCUUCACGCUGGUGCUCAUCACGGCCGACCGGCUCAUCUGCAUCUCCUUCCCCUUCUCCGUGGUGCGCUUCGGGCUGCGGCGGACCUACCAGCUCAUCGCGGCCGCCUGGGCCACCGCGGCCGCCAUCGCCGCGCUGCCGCUCGUCGUGCAGCCGUACUUCCAGGGAGAGUUCUACGCGCGCUCGGGCGUGUGCCUGGCGCUGCACAUCACGAGCCAGAAGCCGUCCGGCUGGGAGUACUCGGUGGCCGUGUUCUUCUGCGCCAACCUCUUCGCCUUCGCCAGCAUCGUGGCCGCGUACGCGUACAUGUACCUCAGCAUCCGGCGCUCCAAGACGGCCGUCAAGCGGCACACGGCGCGGCCCCCGCAGGCCGCCGACAGCCUGGUCGGCCGCCAGAUGGCGCUCAUCGUGUUCACCAACUCGCUCUGCUGGUUCCCCAUGAUCGUCAUGGGGCUCAUGGCCAUGUCGGGCGUCCGCAUACCGGGCGAGGCGUACGCGUGGACGGCCGUGUUCGUGCUGCCCGCCAACUCGGCGGCCAACCCGCUCAUCUACACCAUCGCAUCGCUGCGGUUCCGCUUGUUCCUGCUGCGCGUCGGGCUAGCCCGCAAGAAGCACUCGCUCUCCUUCAGCAAGGCGAUUGCCCACGCGAGCAACGGAGGAGCCCCGCGGCGGGACCGCGGGGCGUUCCGGCCGCCGCACGGCUACGUGCCGCUCAUGCAGCUCCUGCGCUCGGAGCCACGCGUCACGCCCCACCAGCUGCUGCAGGUCGCCGUGGGCGUCAGCGAGGUGCUGUGCGAGCUGCACGCGCAGAACUACGCGCUCGGAGGAAUCAACGUCGACUGCGUCUUCGUCGCCCUCGAGAAUCCCAGUAAGCUGCAUGUCUAUUUGCCGGACAUUAAUGCGUACCGCAUAGACUCCAACAGCUACAAUACCAACGACACAGCUGCAGACAUGGAAGAGUUCGGGGGACUUGUCAAGAAGAUGCUUCGAGCAUACCAUGUGUCGCAACGGGCAAGGGAGUCAUCCAACCAGUGAGACCUCUACCCCACCAGGAUUCAGUCAUUCACUCAAGUGGACACUCUUGUCACUUUGUACAUAUCUUUUAAUAAAAGAAAAUUUCUUAGGCA